AUGAAAACUAAUAGACGGCCUCCCCCUCCUCGAAAUCGAGCUUACAAGCGCCGUCGCCUUCGUAAGAAAAAGUUGAUUAAGAAGUUAGAAAACAUAAGAAAAUAUCGGGAAGCGAAGGAAAAAUAUCUAACAAAAUUUCCGAACAACAAUAAAAAAGCAAAGAUAUUAGAAAAGGAAGCGUCUGCACCAUUAUCACCAGAGCCAAAUGCGCACGCUAUAAUGCCUUCAUUUUGCUCACCAAAACCAUUAAAAGAAAUGGACCUUGUAGACCU